AUUCAAUGAAAUUUUAUUUCCCUGUUUAGUGAACUGUUGGCAUUUAGAAAAUAAGAGAAGUCCUUAAGCGUGUCAAGGGACGCAUCCUCACUUCCAAUCAAUUCUGUUGAAAGAGCAAAAUUUGUUGUCUGUCAUAAUUUAAAAAAAAAAGAAUUUUCAAGCAGACAACAUUGAAGAUUACAAAGUGAAACUAGAGAGUGUUUAUGUCAGCUAAAAAAUUCUGUUGGCCUAUGUAGGAAAGUGUUUCGGAAUUUUCUUAAAAUGGAAGCAAAGGACUUUGAAAUAAUUAAGGAAGAAGCCACUGAAUGGACUUCAAAGACUGGUAAUGACUUUAACAUACUGAGCUGUGAUGAAAGUGAAAAAAGAAUAGAUUUUCAUAUACCAGACAAAAACAUUUCAUUUUAUGUUGUACAAAACACAUUUGAUCAACAGAAUACAUGGCAUUUAUGGAGUGAUCAAGAAAAAAUAUUGAGCAAAUUAAGUUCAGCUAUAGAAAAAUGUGGAUCAUGUCAGACUACUUUAACUGCUAUACUGGAUUCUGUAUCUUCAUGUUUAAAACAGGUUAUCAAAGAUGCUAUGAAAGAAAAUGAUGAUGACGAUGAUGAUGAUGAGUUUGUGGACUGUGAAGAUGAAGGUUUAGUAGAAGAAGAUGAUGAUGAUGAUGAUGAUGGUGAUGAUAAUGAUGAUGACAGCUAUUAUUACAAUGAUGAUGAUAAUGAUGAAUCCACAGAUACAAAUGCCAAAGAAAAGAAAGAUGAAAAUGAUGAUGAUGAUGAAGAUGAUGAUGAUGAUACUGAAGAUUUUUUUGGAGGUGAUGGUAAUCCUACAGCAGUGGCUAGGUUAGUGAAAGAUAUGAAAAAUAUGCAGAAAAUAAAGGGUAAAUAUGGCAUAGAAGGAAGUCCUAAAGGAGGCAAUUUAUUUGUUUGGGAUGUGAAGUUAACAGAUAUACCAACAGAUUCUAAAUUAGGUCAAGAUUUAGUCAAAUAUUCCCAAAAAUAUCAUCAACAGCCUGUGAUAAAUUUAGAAAUGCAGUUUCCAAGAGAUUAUCCCUUCAGUCCACCAUUUAUUAGAGUUAUAAGACCAAGAUUUCAAUUUCUUACAGGUCAUGUGACUAUUGGAGGAAGUAUUUGUAUGCAGAUGUUAACUAAGAGUGGUUGGACUCCAAGUAAUGAUAUAGAGUUAAUACUAAUUCAAGUGAGAUCAGAAAUAUUAAGUGACGCUAACGCAAGACUUGCUCAUGGUAAGGAGAAUGAUGUUUAUUCUCUAGAAGAAGCCAAGCGUGCAUUUGAUAGAAUGGUAGAGAGGUAUAACUGGAAUAAAUAA